AUGGUUCACGUUUUAUUAGGUUAUUUAGAUGAAAAAAAUAAAAAAAAUGAAUUGAAAGAAAAAAAUAAAAUAAAUAAGAAAUUUAUAUCAAAAAUAGGUGGAAAACCAUUUUGGUUAGAUAGAAUAAAUUUACCAAAUGAAAAAUCUUUUCAUUGUACUUUAUGUAGUAAAUUAAUGAGUUUUUUAUUACAAAUAUAUGCACCACUUGAUAAUAUAAGUAAAUGUUUUCAUAGAUGUUUAUAUUUAUUUGUUUGUUUAAAUUGUGGUGAUCAAGUUAAAUGUUUUAGAACACAAUUACCAAGAAGUAAUUUAUUUUAUAAUUAUUAUUUAGAAAAUAUUAAUCAUACAGAUAAUGAAUCUAAUUCUUCAAAUGAAUUAAAUGAAUCAAUAGAAGUAUGUAAAUUAGAUGAAUCAGAUGAAUCAAAUUCUUCAAAUGAAUCAAUAGAAUCAAUAGAAGUAUGUAAAUUAGAUGAAUCAAAUAAAUCAAAUAAAUCAAAUAAAUGUAAUGAAAAUAAGGAAAUUUCUAGUGAUUAUAUAAAUUUAUAUGAAAAUUCUAAUAAUACUUUUAAUAAAAAAUUAGAAUAUUAUUUUUGUUGUAACAUAUGUGGCAUACCAAGUAUAAACACAAAAAAACAUAAAUUUUGUGAAUUAAAAAAUCAUGUAAUAUUUAAAGAAAAAAAAAUAUAUAUUAGUGAUGAAGAUGAUUGUGAAAGUAGUAGUACAGGUAACGAAAGUUUUUCUGAAGAAUAUGAAGAAACAUAUAUAAAUGAAAAUUAUAAAGAUUUAUAUAAAGAAAAUAAUAAUGAAAAUGAAAAAAAUAAAAACAUUAACGAAAAUGAUAAGGACGAUAGUUUAAUAAAUGAUAAUAAAAAAUAUAUGAAUGACGACGAUAUUAAAAAUAUAGAAAAUAAAGACGAUAAUGAUUUAGAUAUAAGUGAAAUGAAAGCAUUUGAAGAUAUUCAAAAAGACAUGGAGAAUCAAAGAAAAAUUGAUCACGUUUUCAAAAAUUAUAUAAAAAAAAUUCAAAGGUUUCCAAAGCAAAUUAUUAGAUAUUCUUAUAAUGGAACACCUCUUUAUUCAUCAUGCGACAAUUACAAUUAUAAUCAAAAUAAUUUUUGUGAAGAAGUAGGAAAAAUUAAACAUUUCAAUACAAAUAAAAACAAAAUACCAAAUUGCCAUGUGUGUGGAGGAAGAAUGAUUUUUGAAUUUCAAGUUUUAUCAACUAUUAUAAACUAUUUAAAAAUUAAAAAAAAUAUAUCAUUUAAUAAAAAUAUCACAUUAAACUCAAAAUUUUCCAUUAUUGCUAUAUAUACAUGUGAAAAUAAUUGCGAUAUGUAUGAUAUAAAUGAUAUAAAUUUAAAAAAAAAAAAAUCAAAAAUCAAUAGGUAUGUACAAGAGUAUGCUUAUGUUCAGAUAGAAAAUUAA